UACCAUAUUGAAUUUCGGAAUCAGGUAUUCUUAGAAAACUACACGACAUAUUUGUUAGUUAAUGCGACUUGGAAUUGAGACCGAAGGACCACUUAACUAUUUAUUCUCCCUUCUCCUGAGACCCAAUGGUAGACUCUCUCCUUUCUGUAUCCAGCAUCACCUCUUCUCAAUUCAAAUUAUUGUUAACUGAACUCGUAACCGACAACAUAAUAUAAAAACCAUCAUGGCGAUGAAUGGCACAUCGUUCCAGGUUGUUCCCGGAUUCUUCCGCCACUGCGAGGAGCCCACCGGGCCACAAUUCCGAGCGAUAACGCUACCAAACAUGGGCUUGAUUGAUCGCGCCUAUGAGACUGACGCAGCCUUCGGCCCAGAAGGUAAGAAGACACAAUGGGAACGAUUCGUCCGCUUCCUAGAGCACAAGAACAAGCAAGGACAGGGCCGAGUCCAGUAUAAGUUGGUUUUCCUUAUCAGACACGGUCAAGGAUACCAUAAUCUUAAGGAGACCGAAGUAGGGCGACAUGAGUGGGAGUCGUAUUGGUCGCAUCUGGACGGUGAUGGCUGUACUGUUUGGGCUGACUCUCAGCUAGCAGAAAAGGGGAAGCAGCAGGCACAAGCACUGAAUGACUUCUGGCGGAAUGCGAUUGCAACAGGAAUGCCCGCACCACAGAAGUACUAUACGAGUCCCCUUGCUCGUUGUCUCGCGACGACUAGCAUCACAUACUCGGGCCUCAACGUACCGGCCGAUCGACCUUUUAAGCCAAUUAUCAAGGAGAAUAUGCGAGAGCGUUUCGGAAAGCACACCUGUGAUCGUCGCAGCACGAAAAGCUGGAUUGCGGACAACUACCCCGGUUUCCAAAUUGAGUCAUCCCUGAGCGAAGCCGAUGAAUUAUGGCAGCCAGACCGUCGGGAAACCGAGGAAGAGAUUGCCGACCGAGUGAGAACCCUCCUACGUGACAUCUUCAGCAGAGAUGAUAAAUCCAUCCUCUCAUUCACGGCGCACUCGGGAUUUCUAAGGGCUCUGUAUGGUGUUAUUGGCCAUCCUGAUGUUUGGAUAUCAGCAGGCGCUACAGUGCCUGUUUUGAUUAGAGUAUCGUAGGCGAGUGGAGAGAUAUCGUAGUUUGUGUUGGGGUGAGAAUUAUGAAUCAUAGCUCAUAUGACUUAUACAACUCCAACACGGACAGAAUAGGGGAGAGCAGGUCCUCGCCUAAGUUUCUUAGGUACCUUAAGGUAAUUACAUAAUUGUACAACAAUAUAGCACUUGCCAAUUUAAUGAUGACUCUUAAUUUAUGUUAAAA